AUGCAUCAGGCAAGUAAUGAGAAUCUACCACCAAAUGUGAUCAAGCAGCUCGCUAAGGAACUGAAGAGUCUUGAUGAAUCUCCUCCUGAUGGUAUCAAGGUUGUGGUAAAUGACGAGGAUUUCUCGCAAAUAUGUGCUGAUAUUGAAGGACCAGUUGGGACUCCUUAUGAGAAUGGACUUUUCCGUAUGAAGUUGGCAUUGUCGCGUGAUUUUCCACAUUCACCCCCUAAAGGCUACUUCAUGACAAAGAUAUUCCAUCCCAAUAUUGCUUCAAAUGGAGAAAUCUGCGUUAAUACGCUUAAAAAAGAUUGGAACCCUAGUCUUGGAUUAAGACAUGUUCUCUCUGUUGUGAGGUGCUUACUGAUCGAGCCAUUUCCAGAAUCUGCAUUAAAUGAACAGGCUGGGAAGAUGCUACUUGAAAACUAUGAAGAGUAUGCAAGACAUGCUAGGCUUUACACAGGUAUCCAUGCUAAACCAAAGCCAAAGUUCAAGACUGGAGCUAUCUCAGAGUCAACGACAGCUCUAAAUGUUGGCCAGACUAACAACGAGACACCUGGUGCUGCUACGGCAAUACCCUCUUCAGUGGCAGACAUGAAGAGAGUAACAACAACUAGUGCCCAAGACCAACAACAAGUGGCUAAUGUCCCUGUAGCAGCAGCCUCUGUAGGAUCGACACAGAAAAGGGAAAGUGGUUUGGCCAAAGUUCAGGCAGACAAGAAGAAGGUAGACGCGAGAAAGAAAAGCUUGAAGAGACUAUGA